GCCGUCGCCGUCAAGGCCCCAGGGAGCGCGGGGCGCCGCCGCCGCCACUCCUCGGCUGGGUUUAGUCUCCAGGACUGCGCCGGGGCCGGCAGCCGCGGCUGCAGAGCAGCAGGAGCCGGGAGCCACGCUCCGCUACGAGUUGGGCAGGGAAGCGCCCGCGCCUCUGCGGCGUCAUGGGCCCCCUCCCCGGGCCUCAGCGGACAACAGCCGCGGGAACCCCCGGGCCUCCUCGCGGCCGAGCCUGAGCUACCCCCCGUUUCUCCGGCGCCCUCUCCCUUCGCCCUCUUUUUUUCCUGCCCUCGCCGCCGCUACCGCUUCAGCUCUCCGUUAUGGCAACGGAGCCACCAUCCCCCCUCCGGCUCGAGGCGUCCGGCCCCCCAGAAAUGAGGACCCCACCGGAGAGCGAGGCCGUCUCUGAGAGCACCCCGAAGCGGGCGAGCGGCAGGCUCCGCUUCCUCAACGGCUGCGUGCCCCUCUCGCAUCAGGUGGCCGGGCACAUGUACGGAAAGGACAAAGUGGGUAUAUUGCAACAUCCAGAUGGCACAGUUUUGAAACAGUUACAGCCACCCCCAAGGGGUCCAAGAGAGCUAGAAUUCUAUAAUAUGGUAAGUGAGGUUUAUGCUGCUGAUUGUACUGAUGGUGUUCUUAUAGAGCUACGAAAGUAUUUGCCAAAAUAUUACGGCAUCUGGUCACCUCCCACUGCACCAAAUGAUUUGUACCUGAAACUGGAAGAUGUGACCCAUAAAUUUAAUAAGCCCUGUAUAAUGGAUGUAAAGAUAGGGCGAAAAAGCUAUGAUCCUUUUGCUUCAGCUGAGAAGAUUCAGCAACAGGUCAGCAAGUACCCGUUAAUGGAAGAGAUUGGGUUCUUGGUGCUUGGCAUGAGGGUUUAUCACGUUCAUUCUGAUAGCUAUGAGACACAAAAUCAGCACUAUGGAAGAAGCUUAACAAAAGAAACUCUAAAGGAUGGGAUUUCCAGGUUUUUUCAUAAUGGGUUCUGCUUAAGAAAAGAUGCUGUUGCUGCCAGUAUUCAUAAGAUUGAGAAUAUUCUGCAGUGGUUUGAAACCCAGAAGCAGCUUAACUUUUAUGCAAGUUCAUUACUGUUUGUUUAUGAAGGUUCAUCUCAGCCAACUACUACAAAAUCAAAUGACAGAACUUUGGCAGAAAAAUUUUUGUUCAAAGGACAACUCUCAGACACAGAUGUAUUGGAGUACAAUAAUAACUUUCGAGUGUUAAGUUCCACAGCGAAUGGAAAAAUAGAGGCUUCAGUAGGCAAAAGCUUGUCCAAGAUGUAUGCUCGUCACAGAAAAAUGUAUUCAAAAAAGCAUCACAGUCAGACUUCAUUGAAAGUUGAAAAUAUAGAGCAAGACAAUGGGUGGAAAAGCUUGUCACAGGAACAUUUAAACGGAAAUGUACUUACCCAACUGGAAAAAGUUUUCUACCAUUUUCCCACUGAUUGCCAAGAGAUUGCAGAAGUAGAAGUGCGAAUGAUAGAUUUUGCUCAUGUUUUCCCUAGCAACACAAUAGAUGAGGGAUAUGUUUAUGGGCUGAAGCAUUUAAUUACUGUACUGCAGAGUAUUUUAGACAAUUGAAGCCUUUGCUGCAGACUUUAUAAGGGGUGGGGCAAUCAGUGAAGAGCAGCAAUCAAUAUCUCUGUACUUGUAAGGCUAUGUAAAAAAUUUGUAUUGUGAGUCUACAUUUUAUUUGUCUUUAUACUUUUGGUAGAAGGGUUAACUUUUUUAUAAUCUUACUCAGGAAAACUAAUUAUUUGUUCAUUUAAAAACUAUGAAGAAUAAAGAAACUUCGGAAUGUUAAGCAGGGAAUGUGGUGGUACCUGGUUUAAACAUUUAUUUGGCUCAAGCAACACGCAAACAUUCAGUCAUUAAGAGUUUAGUUUUUUGUAGCCAGUUUAUCAUGAAAUCUCUGUCCACCCAUAACCUUGACAAUGAGCCAUAUCUUAACUCAUUACAUUAUGAGAACACUUUCAAAAAUCUAGAAAGCACAGGUUAAUGUCCUUAGUAGUGCUAUAUGAAGUUAUUAAAACUGGAGAAAAUUCUACUUCAGAAAUAAGUACUGUUUAGGUUUUAUAUUAAAAGUUCAGACCAGCAUAUCAAAAGGUGCUUCUUAGUGAAAUUAUUUCAAAUUAUUGCAUUCCAAAAGCAGAUUUUUCCCUUUAAUUUUCAUUUACAUUCAUAUUUCAAAAUACUGUAUACUUCAUGAAAAAGCUAAUUGAAAUGGACAACAACAACAACAAAAAUCUUGAAAUUAAGGGCAUUAAUAAUUAUUCUUGCCAGGACAAGAAGAGAGAAGAUACUUGGAAGGAACGAAAAAAAUUUUUUUUUAAAUCUUAUUUAUGGGCAAAUUGGAAUGUAUAUUUACUACAUCACGAAAAGUGUUAUAAAUCAUAUAAUACCUUCUCCAACAGCAACUUCAAAAAGGUGGAUGUUUGAAGUUUUUUUCUUAUUUCUUUUAAAUAACUUGAGUUUUUUUUUUUUUUAAUCUUUGUAUGUCUCCAUUCAGUUAAGCAGUAGUAUAAAUAUGUUGCUAAAAAUAGUGUUUCUCAGAAUUCUAACAAGCAGUGAAGGACAACAUCCAACAUUGUGAGUAUUAUCAAAAGUACUAUGUAAAUUAGUAAAUCAUAGAGAUUUUCAUGCAUAUCUAAAUCCAGGCUUCUAUUUUACUCUUACUCAGAAUAUUUUUAUAAUAUAUUCUAGAGAGAAAUUAUAAUUUAGUUUCGUGGAGGGGGGGCAAUGCUAUUUUUCUUGGGUACAUUAGAUUCUGUACAAUGUGUAUUUCACAUCUACCACCUUUUUAAAAAUAACCAGUUGUUAUUGAAAGUGUUUAAAACUUUGAAAUUAAAUUUGCAAAUAUGGUAGAUGUUUAUGCUCUCAUUACUUGCAUUUUGAUUCACUAAUAACCCAUCUAAGUAGUUAGCGGUUUUGCCAUAUUCCUGGAAAAUGUUUUAGAGUUGUGCAUUGCUAGAUUCUCUCCCCCAUGCACACACCUUUUCCCCCCUCUAGAAUUACAAAUUAAACUUAAAUCCAACCACCUUUUUUGGGUGUAGAGGAAUGAAUGUACCACAAUUUUACAUAAACCUCACCUUUCCAAUCCUCUCUAAGGACACUUUGCAAUAAUACAUCAGCACAAACAGAAGUACCAAAUUCUCUAUGAAUCCUGUGCUUAGUAUAUCUAUUAAACAUGAGUAACUAAAAUUCAUAUGCAUUUUGUUAUAGCAAAAUUCGAUUGUUUUAAAUUUUUUAUUUAGAGUCAUUGUAAGUAUUUUCCAUAGGGACUUCAUAUUUUUCUCUACUGCCUAAAUGGGUAUUGACUUUUGCUUUUUUUGUGGGGAUGAAUUUCAAGUCAUAAUUAAUAGUCAAAAAUUUUUUAGUUUUAUUUUAUUUCUCCUACAAUAUAGACUUCUGUUGUUGUUGUUGUUUGGAUAUGGUUCAAUAAAUCUUAAGUUCAGAUAAUUAGACACUAUUUUGAAUCAGAACAAAAUAAGGCUUUUUUUGUAUGGGAAGGUAUCAGCCUAUGUACAAUGAAUUUAAUACAUUUAAGUAUUAUCAAGUUUUUUGCACAUUUUAGCUCAAUUAAGUGAAUGAACUGUUCCAGAUUUUCUUUAUUCAUAUUUGGAAAUACAGUUUUGUAAAAUCAGUGUCUUAACCUUUUUGAUAAUAGGUCAUGUUUUGUUUUAUUUUAAUAAAACAAUCUCUUUUGUUUUUCAGGGAAGGGAUUAACAUUUAAUUCUGUUUGUUUACAUUUUUUAUCACUGUUAUCCAAUGCUCAUUUUAUGUUACUUUAUAAGUAAGCUUACAUACAACAGAAUAAGUGUCUGUUUAUGUAAUCUACCUGUGACUAUUUUACUAUCUAGUCCAGUCACUUAGCAUUAUGCUGAUACUUACCACUGUGGGAAUGAAUGAUCACUAUUCGCCAAGCAUAUUUAAACAUGUAAAUGUUUAAGAAGUAAACAUGAUAAAGAUAUAGUUUGGGUUAGCAGGAUUAUAAAAAAAUUUUUUUCCACUAGGGAACACAAAUAAUGAUUUUAGUGUAUUUCUUAAGGAAUGCACUCAAAAAGAACUUUAAGAAAUUAUGGAGAGUGAAUAAUACAUUUCUCUAAUAAAAAUUUAAAUUGUAUAAUAGUUUUAUAAUAAAGUAUUUACAUCAAUUGAUAUUUUAAUAUGGAUGGAAGUUGCAUAGAUGCAAAUAUUAAUAAAAAUUGAUAAAUGAUAAAUAUUUUAUCUAAAUAGUUUUUCAAGAAACAGUUGUGAAAAUGUAUAUUAAAUGGCUCUAACAUGGAGCUUGGUAUUUUCAACUCAGUAUUCAUUAUUCUAACAUGGAGCGUGGUAUUUUCAACUCAGUAUUCAUUCUUUAUUUUACGUGUCUGGAAAGAUUGUGCUUACUAUGCCUCUUACACUACAAUUUGCUGUUGUGGGGCUUUAGAUUGUGUUCAACUGAAUAAGAACUUGUGUUCUGAUUUUGAUUGAGUAUAAUUUACUAUGUUCUGAUUUUCAAGAUGUUCUUCAUAUCAUCUAUCAAAUUUUUAACAUAAGAAAGAAAUUUUCGGAGAUAUUUCAGUUGCAAUUUUCUUGUUCCAUGCAACUGAAAAUAUUUGUUUCUAGGAUUUGGAAUAUUGUAGAAGACAAAAGAUGAAAGAAAAUGGUAAAACAAUGAAAGAAUUUUAUUUGUGAAAUUACAGAAAUUUUGUCCACUAUUUUAAAGCAUUGUCAUCAUUUUAGUACUGUUUUCUCAUAGAAGUUCGGCAUUUGAUACUUUAAAACUUGAUUUGCUUUAAAAAAUUGUUUACAAUGCUUUGUAAUAAUCUUUCUUAUCCAGUGCCUUUAACCUUGAUUUGAUGUAUGUGUAGCCUCAGUUAUCCUUCCAUUGCAUCCUAUAAUGUUAUCAUAGUGUAGACAUCAAUUUCUUUUUAAAAAUUGUUGUCAAUUUGAUUGCGUAAAGAGAUAAAUUGUCUUUUAAUGCUUUGGGAAAACAAGUAGAGUUGCCUGUGGAGACCAGGAUUCUUAGUUCAUUCAAAAAUAUUUACUGGAUAUCUACCAGGUGCCAAGUAUUGAUAGCCCCUAAAUAAUAGUUGUGAACUAAAUACAUAAUUGUGAACCAAUCUGACAAAGCCCUAACUAUUUCUAGUGUUCUGUCCAGAUGGGGUGGGGUUGGAGGCUGAAUUAAAAUAGAGAUAUAGAGAAAUAUUCAUUUAAAGAUAAUAAAGUUAAUUAGCAUUUGGAUUUGUGUACAAAUAAAGUAAUUAUUGAGUUGAGAUGAAGCAACUAAUAAUGUUAGAGAGAGGUUAAAAAUAAUACUUUGCAGCAUUGCACCCUCUAUUUGACUUUGAGUUCAGGUAGUAAUUACAGAUAGCAUAAAAAGACCUUAAUUUUUCAUUUUUCUUGCUAGUAAAGGUACGUUUACUCAGACUGUCCAUUUAGAUUAGUGUUUUAACAUAAUAUUACUGUGAAAAACAUUCCAUUCUAUAUUCAUAAGAGAAUUACUGCACAUUUUUUACAUUGCAUUUUACAAUUUAGCACAAAUGUUUUAGGCCUCAAUCUUACCUGCAAAUCACUGAUAUUUUAAAUUUGGCAAUGAAUAUGAAAUUAAUUUUUGACCCACAAGAGUGAUUUUAUGACUUAAAAUGCUUGUUAAUAUUUAGGAAGGUUUGAGUUUCCAUUUUGGGAGAGUUAGUGUUUAAAUUCUUAUUACUUAUUUUGAUAGCAUCUAGUAAGAGGAAACAGUAUUCAUGCAACUUAAACAAAUUAAAAUAUACUUCCAAGAAUUUUCUUUAAUUGUUGAACUUUGUCAUCACUGGGGUUAAAUUUUGGCCUGGUAGUCACUUACAAUAUAAACAACUUUAAUAAUGAAGUGAAAUAGUCUUAAGUAUGAUGUAUGAUGCCCCUGCAUAUACAUGAUAACAGUGUGCACAGAGACACUUUACUGUGGGAGCUGUACUGGAAGAUUUAUGGAAGCAUGUGAACUUGCACCUAAAAUUGUGUUAUUAGUGACUAUGCUAAAUUUAUUGUACUUGAUGAAUGAAUGUAUUUAGUCAGUUACUUUGGUUUAAAUGUCUAAACCAUGUCUCUUUUUUUAAUGUGUUUGUAAUUUGUAUUAUUGAUGGGGGGUAUUCGUGGACUGCAGGGGUUAUUGUCAAUGUGUGAUUUUAUUUUAUAGAAUCAUCUAAUGUGAUAUACUGAUUUUUAUAAGUGAUAUUUAGGGAAUUCUAAUAACUGUAUAUUUGACAACCUAUUAAAAUGUUUUGCAUUGGAGCUUUUUUUUUUCAUUAAUUGUAACAUGCCAACAAACUCAUGGUAGGUUUAAAACUAACUUACUCAUUCAACAAAUAUUCGAGUGCAUAUUAUGUACUAGAAACUAUAAGAAUCAUUAAGGAUUCAAAGAUGAUUAAGACCAGGAUGUUAAUAGAAGCCUAUGCAUUAGAAAAAGUAUGGGUGGCCGGUUAGCCCAGUUGGUUGGAGCGUGGUG